GCGAGGUCGCGCGGACGGGGCCGGGCCGCGGGUGCCGGGAGGUGGCCGGGCCACCCGCGCCGCCGCCCCCCAGCCUGACGCACGGAGGGCCGGGCAGCGAUUUGCCGCGGGCCCGCCGCCCGGGCCGCUCCGCCCCCGGCCCGCCUCCCUCCCGCCUCGCCCAGCUCUCCGCCCGCCGCGCCGGCGUCCCCGCGUCGUCCCCAGCGCCCGCCAGCCCGGCCCGCGCCAGCCAGGAGCAAGGACGUUUGCCAGAGUGAAAUGGAGGCGUCGGUGAUACUGCCCGUCCUGAAGAAGAAGCUGGCCUUCCUUUCAGGAGGAAAGGACAGACGCAGUGGACUCAUCUUGACAAUUCCGCUAUGCCUUGAGCAGACAAAUAUGGACGAGCUCAGCGUCACUUUGGACUAUCUACUCAGCAUCCCAAGUGAGAAGUGUAAGGCCAGAGGCUUUACUGUGAUCGUGGAUGGCCGCAAGUCUCAGUGGAAUGUGGUGAAGACAGUCGUCUUAAUGCUGCAGAAUGUUGUUCCGGCUGAAGUAUCCCUUGUCUGUGUAGUGAAACCAGAUGAAUUCUGGGAUAAGAAAGUAACACAUUUUUGUUUUUGGAAAGAAAAGGAUAGACUUGGCUUUGAGGUCAUUUUAGUGUCUGCCAAUAAGCUGACCCGCUACAUAGAGCCAUGCCAGCUGACAGAAGACUUUGGUGGGAGCCUCACCUACGAUCACAUGGACUGGCUAAAUAAGAGGCUGGUCUUUGAGAAGUUCACGAAGGAGUCCACGUCAUUACUGGAUGAACUUGCCCUGAUCAACAACGGAAGUGAUAAGGGGAAUGAGCAGGAGAAAGAAAGGUCUGUGGAUUUAAACUUUCUUCCAUCCGUUGAUCCUGAGACAGUUCUUCAGACAGGGCACGAGUUGUUGUCUGAGUUGCAGCAGCGUCGGUUUAACGGCUCCGACGGAGGGGUCUCGUGGUCGCCCAUGGAUGACGAGCUGCUGGCCCAGCCGCAGGUUAUGAAGCUGCUCGACUCGCUCCGGGAGCAGUACACGCGCUACCAGGAAGUGUGCAGGCAGCGCAGCAAGCGUACGCAGCUGGAGGAGAUCCAGCAGAAGGUGAUGCAGGUUGUGAAUUGGCUGGAAGGGCCUGGGUCUGAGCAGCUGAGAGCACAGUGGGGCAUCGGCGACUCCAUCAGGGCUUCCCAGGCCCUGCAGCAGAAGCACGAGGAGAUCGAGAGCCAGCACAGUGAGUGGUUCGCGGUGUAUGUGGAGCUUAACCAGCAGAUUGCAGCCCUCUUGAACGCUGGGGAUGAGGAGGAUCUUGUGGAGCUGAAGUCUCUGCAGCAGCAGCUGAGCGACGUUUGCUACCGGCAGGCCAGUCAGCUCGAAUUUAGGCAGAACCUCCUGCAGGCGGCUUUGGAAUUUCAUGGUGUGGCCCAAGAUUUGUCUCAGCAGUUGGACGGCUUAUUAGGGAUGUUGUGCGUAGACGUAGCACCAGCCGAUGGAGCAUCGAUUCAGCAAACUUUAAAACUGCUUGAAGAGAAGCUGAAAAGUGUUGAUGUGGGACUGCAAGGUUUGCGAGAAAAAGGUCAAGGCCUCCUGGAUCAGAUCUCCAACCAGGCUUCCUGGGCCUAUGGAAAGGACGUAACCAUUGAAAACAAAGAAAACGUGGACCACAUACAAGGAGUGAUGGAGGAUAUGCAGCUUAGAAAACAAAGAUGUGAGGACAUGGUGGACGUGCGGCGGCUGAAGAUGCUUCAGAUGGUGCAGUUGUUUAAGUGUGAGGAGGACGCUUCCCAGGCGGUAGAAUGGCUGAGUGAACUUCUGGAUGCCCUGCUCAAGACCCACACCAGGCUGGGCGAUGACGCUCAGGAAACGAAGGUUUUACUGGAAAAGCAUAGAAAGUUUGUGGACGUCGCACAGAGCACUUAUGACUACGGCAGGCAGCUGCUGCAGGCCACCGUCGUGCUGUGCCAGUCUUUGCGCUGUGCUUCCCGCUCCUCGGGGGACACGCUGCCUCGGCUGAACAGAGUGUGGAAGCAGUUCACGGUAGCCUCUGAGGAGAGAGUGCACAGGCUGGAGAUGGCGAUCGCCUUCCACUCAAAUGCUGAGAAGGUUUUGCAAGACUGCCCAGAAGAGCCUGAAGCUAUUAAUGAUGAGGAGCAGUUUGAAGAAAUUGAAGCAGUUGGGAAAUCACUGUUGGAUAGACUCACUGUCCCUGUGGUUUACCCCGACGGAACUGAGCAGUAUUUUGGGAGUCCAAGUGACAUGGCUUCUACUGCAGAGCACAUCAGAGACAGAAUGAAACUGGUCAGUCUCAAAAGGCAGCAGCUGAGACAUCCUGAAAUGGUGACCACGGAGAGCUAAUGUCCCCAGCUCCCACAGGUCCACAGGUCAUGCGCCCACAAGUCUUUGCAGUUGGCAUACUGCAGGGUUAGCCACAGCUCAUUAAGAUGCAUUUCACAACAGGAAAAGCCUUUCUUCCCACGACACGUCUCUCUAAAUGCUAACACCUCUCGACUGCCGAGGCCUACCACAUAACAUGCUCUGAGACUAUAGACUCCAGGGAUCUUGAAGAAGGAACUGUAAGCACGGUGCGGAGUCCUUGCUUUCACGCUGUACCGGGCUUGUCAGUGUGUAGAUGAGCAGCUGAUACUAAGCUUUGAAUGGUGCUAAUCAGAGUUUAGGAAUUCUCUCUAAAACAUGGUUGCCCUUCCUCCCCAGGUGAUGUAGGAUAUUUAGAUCAUAGUUAGAGUGUUAGUGAAUAGUGGUGUCCUCAAAAUUUUACUUUGUAAUUCUUCAAAAUGGAUUAUUUUUAUUGUCUAUAUGAAGAAAACCCUUCAGAUCUUUGAUAUAUCAUAUUCAUUGAAAGACAUUUUCCUACUGUAUUCAUAAUGUAUUAAAAGUUGUUUGUGCUUAAUAAAAGUCUUCUUUAAACAUCUUAUUUAAUUUGGUAGUUACAUCCUGGUUCUAAACACGAGUGCCUUACUAAAAGGGCAUUCUUAAGAUUGUGAGGACGGGUUAAUCAUUGCUUUUGAUGGUGGCUGCAUGUAUGUUAGGCAGGAAUUUCACAUUGUAUGCAUGUGUAUAUAAUAAAAAUAAGCAUGUUUAUUGUGAAGAGCAAUUUAGACAUUUAAGAACAUUAUAAUAGAAUACUAUUUUUAACUUUUCUCUUGAAAAGUGCUGUCCAAAAUAUUAACUACCCUGAAGACACUUUGUCUUGGGGGAAGGAGGGCUAAGGAUGAAGGUAUGCAUAAUUAUUUCAGUGUAAUCUUUUAUAUCACAGUAAUCACUCUGGAACUAAAGCAGAAACUGUUAAUAAUAUUUAAUAUCAUACUAGAGGCAAAAUCAUCCUGAAGAAGUCUAGACACAAAAACUGUACAGAUGUUUAGAAAUAAAAUUUGUCAUAUAAUGGUAAUGCUUCUAUGGUUGUAUUAAGUUAUAGAAUGUAUAUAGUUUAACAUUGUGUUAAUUUUUAUUUUAGAAGAUUUUUUUAAAGUGAAAAAUAACUGGGCUCAUCAGUACAAAAUUAUGCAAAGAACUGUAUGAUGGUUUAUUUUUGCGAUCUGUAGAGAUGCUCGCAUACCCUCCUAUGCUAAAGCCAGUUUCCCCAGCCUUCUUGUCUACCAGCUGUGAAUAAGUCCAUGUUCCUUGUCCAUCCAUCCUCCUCACUCACUCUGUGGCACCUUUCAUUCAGCUUAGAGCUCACUUUACAGGAAACCGUCCUUCUGAAAAUCAGCCAGAGUCUUCCAGUUACUGAGUUGAAUGUUUUUGCUCUCUGUCACGUCACCUCCCUUUUUCUCUAUUUCUAGCAUCUCUCCCAGUGUUCCAACCCUCUUCUAUCUUCUGCCGUGACUGAGAGUUUAGUUCUGGACUCAUUUAACGCAGGUCUGUUGCACAUGCGCACUCUGCCUCUGUCCUCUCGCUGGCUCAUUAGGCAUCUUAUCCCCAGUGUCCUGCAGGACAUGUCUGAUCUGAAAUGCAUGGCUUUCAGCUGCCUCCCUGCCGUUUCCACAGAAAUGAAAGACAUACUAUACUUGCCUUUUCUUCCUGGAGUAGUUUGAUUAAUGGUGCCACAAUGUCCAGGGCAAACUUCAACUGCUCCCCAUGUCUUACACUGCCGCUGCCUCUGAGACCAUCCAGACGUUCCUUCUAUACUUGAUAACCCUCCUCCGGGGCUCUCCUCCUGGGUAAGAGCUCCUGCGGGUCUUUCUUCAGUCUUCAUGACGGUGCUAAGCCUUUCCUGUUAUGUCGUAAGUCCUUCUGGGGGCUGACUCUUGUCUCACAGGUCUUGUGCCCACACCUCUCCUUGUAUGUAGCAUGUUUGGUCCUGCACCUGUCUUCCAUUAUAGCAUUAGUAACAACCCUCCUCUACUGUACUAUUUCCUAGAGUCAGGACUGCCUUGUAAAUCUGUUUCCGUGGAAUAAGCCUGAUAUUUUAGACCCUUAGACACGUAACUUUCAGAUGUUUGUUCCUUAUACUCACUCUCUGUUCCUUUUUCUGAGUUUCAGAUUCACCAGUGUUUCUAUUGACUUUGUAAUUUACCAUCAGCUCAUGGAUGCAUGAUUCCAAAUGGGUUAACUUUCACAGUCCUUAAGCCCACUUUCCUGUAAAAAGUAAAGAAAGACAAAAUAUGGGAAAGCAUGUGCGAUCUGCAUAGUUACAUGAAACCAGAUACACAGAAUGAGCAUGGUCCCUUCAUUGGAAAAUGUAGGCCUCUUUUCGUUGUGUGUAUCUUGAUAGAUACACAAGAUUUAUGAAUAAAAACCCAGCAAUGCCCCAAACCGACUUUUCUCCUGUGCUCACAGCUCAUGUAGAGGACAGACGAAGGCUGGGACUUCAGCUUGUUUGAAAUCUCAGACCUUUGCUGGCGUUGGCCUACAGACAUUCAAAAUCCUUCUUCCUAACUGGUUCAAGGCCACAGGCCCGUGCAUGUCUUUAGUCCUUCCUAGGGACUGCCUGGCAUGUUAGUUGGACGGCUUCUGUUAGCUUGUAUCUGGUUGGCUGCUGCUUUCCUUCCUUCCUUCCUUCCUUCCUUCCUUCCUUCCUUCCUUCCUUCUUUCUUUCCUUCUUUCUUUCUUUCUUCUUCCUCCCCUUCCCCCCUCCUCCUCUUCUUUCUCUUCUUUUUGGCCUAUAUCUUUGUUCCUGUGUAAACUCAGUAGACAAUGGCAGCUUGAAGCCAUCUCUUAGUGCAUGUCUGACUCAGCAGAGCUGUGAGGCAAAGAUGAUAACUUCCUUUUAAGUCUUUUGGCUUUAUUCCCAGCUCUCAUUGUUUUGACCUUAUUGCCCAGGUCGAGUCAUCAGUGACACUGGUGAGGGCGCAGCCUCUUAGCUGGCAUUCUGUGCUUGAGGGUUGACUGGAUCUCGUACUCUGUUGGGGUUUGAACUGGCCUGUGAAUGUCCCCUACUCUUAAUAGUUUGUCACCUCCUUACUUCAGGUCAUGGACGGUCUGCUAUUAGCGUUGCUGCUGUCAUUCUUCUCAGUGAGAACAGGACAAGCUGAUUUUUUUUUCAGUAGUUCUAAGCAAAUCUUGUUUUCUCUUCUAACCCCCUUUGAUGCCAUGGUGUGACGGUUGGAUUGGGCGGAUGUAUCCCACUACACAGGCCAUGUCGGUAGGGACCAUCAGCAUUCUUUCAUACACUGCAAGUGCUUGCCAGAAGAGAUGGUUUGUUCUUACGUAUGCCUCACACCCUACCCCAAACACACCAAGUCAUCAGAACAACAUGAUGGCUGCUAAAAACUAAAAGAGACUAUAGCUGAUGUAACUCUGUAGACCUUGAGUUUGUAGAGAAGAUACAGGCCUAAAUAAGCAUCAUUAAAUAGGCAGUCAUCUAUGGAAAGGCUUGUACAGUGCUGCUGUCUUUCAUUAAGCACCCAAAGGGAAAGCUCUGCAGGACAAACAGGAUUAGCGUUAAUGUUCAGUUCCAGAAGUCAAUGUUCCCCAUCGAGAGCAGAAAGUAGUCUCCAUGAAACAAAGUAGUAUUUGGCCCUGCUCAACUUUUCAGAAUAAAUAUGUGUCAAUGACUAUCCUAGAGACUCUGAAAUAUGCAAAUGUACAAGUCAUCAGUUUCAAUAAUGAAUUACAGUAAUCCUCAGAAGUAUUGAAAACUGAAGGGGCAAAUACAGUGGAAGAUAUCAUUGCUAUUCUCCUAUAUUUCAGAGCAGAAAAUAGUAUUCUGAAUCUUGCUCUGUCUCGAGUGACAUUCAUGGAGUGGCAGAGACCACACACUAUUUAUCUGCUCUGCUCCAUAACUUCCUCACCUCCACCCUCUCGCCCUCACCCCUUUAGCCCUACACCUUACCCGUUUGCUUCCCCCUCACUCCUACUCCCUUCACCUUACUCACUUCUUCACCUCUUUCUCCUCAUCCGUAACCUUUCACCUCCACCCCUGACCUCUACCCUUUCACCUCUGCCUCCCUUGCUCCUGCCCCCUUUUUGCCAGUGGAUAAGGAAACGUAUAUUCAGAUUAUAUAUCUGAGAUGCUGAGGGUAGAUUUGGUACCCUCAGCAGUAUAGUGAAGCUCUAAAACUGACAAAUUCCCCACUGUGGGAGGAAAAUAGAACAGUCAGACAGAAGACAAGACAGGAUUAUCAUCUGUGCUGUGUUUGACAGGGCAUGAGUCAACUCCACUAACUCCGUCAGUUAACAUAAGCCAAAGAAAGAUGACAUGGUUGGAGUGUAAAGAAAGGAACAAGCCAUAAAAGCAAGAGCAUGAGUCUGAGGGUAUUUGUAGAAUCUCCCAGUACUGAGGUAAAGAUGACUUGAGACAACCAUUAGUGUCAGUUUCGGUUAGAGAAGAGGCGGUUUGACAAACUCGGGCAGUGAUAAUGGGGAAGACUGGUCUUGUAAUAGAGGCUCAAGUGAGGGUGUGCCCUGGCAGUGCCGUGGAGGUGACGCUCAGUAUGACUUAAUGCCGCAGUGGGAGUUUAAAGUGAACUUGAGACAAGAAUAAACACUAGACUGUGCACUUGAGGAAGAAGCAGAACCUGUGCUAGGACAUGAAGAUCUUCAAGAGCACGAGACAGCCAGCACUGAAACUAAAUAUUUUGAAAGCUGGUGAAUAAAUUGUUUCAGAGAAUCAAGAUUAUUUUUGUGAGAACUCUUAAUGAGGCAAGAUGCAGUAUAUAAUUUUUAUAUGUCAUGAUACAGGAAUUCUAAACAUGGCUAAAAAUAGUUACUGUCAAGUAUUAAGAGCAGAGCUGUGAAAGUUUGAAGGAAGGCAUGUGGAACGCCAUGUCUGAAUGGAGCGUUGCACUCUGAGGCUGCUUCCUAGUGAAUCUUGAGGAGGCAUCUUGGAAGUACAGACAAGUCAAAUGCAGAGCGAGCACGUAGGUCUGUCCACUGGCGACAGUGGCUUCUCACUCUGCACACUGAAGCAUCACGCCCUUCUGUCUCGUUUUUCUGACUGUCUUAGUUUAUAAGGUGGAGCACAAACCAUUCUUAGGGUCACUUUUUCUCCAGCCUUCAUCUUAGCUUGGGUGAUAUUCUCCAUAGCCAGUCAAGUUGCUCAGAGUACUGUUAUCUGGUAGGUGUGCUUCUCCAGAGCCGUGAGAUGAUCGAACUAUCAGUUGGGCAGCUUUUAACAAGAGAAGUGGGAGCUGAAUCACUUGCCUCACACUCUGAAGGGAAGCUCAGUUUUCUAAAUUGGCACAAAGUAAUACUUGACGAUUACAAUGUCAUCUGAACAUUUGGGGGCAGUAAAUGUCGAACCUUCCGUUUUCUCAAGGUUUUCUUAUAAAAGCUUAAAGUCUAUAAAAUAAUGUCAUAGUAUUCCCACCACCUCAGCAUUAGUUACACUUGCUUUGUCCAUGUCCAUCCAGAAUCUAUUUUGAUGCAUCUGAGACUGCAGGCUUCUUCCACUUAAAUAUUUCCGUACACCUCUCACUGCAGGGGUGCCAUCCUUGCUUGUAGCUUUCUGGCGACAGAAAUUACAUUCCUAGAAUCUACAUGCAUGGAACAUUCCCGUGCUCUGUGUGUGUGUUUAAAUAUAUCGAGUAUUAUGUAGAGGGAAAUCUACCCCUCUAAAAGUUCCCACACGACCCUUCUCACCCAUCAUUGUCCCCACAUGACAAGCACUGUUUUUUGUUUUGUUUUGUUUUCUGCUGUAAGCUAGAUGUUCCAUUUUAGAGCUUGUUUUUAAUUCACAUCACAUCAGGUUCUCUCUUUUACAAGGCAUCUUCACUACUGUUGUAUUCGGGAGAUUCUUUCAUGGACUUUGCAUUACUAUUUCAUCCCCAUUCUACUGCUGAGUAUUAUCCCAUUUAUGAGUGUAUAUUGCCACUCAUUUCCCCAGUUCCUUAUUGGAUAACUGGGAUGUUGGACUAAGUUACAGUGAUCAUUCCUAAGCACAGCUAUGUGAAUAUAGUUAUUUGUUUGCUCAUGAGUAAAUACUUAGAAUUUCUGGCUUGUAGAGUGGUUUUUUAAAGAAAAAAAAAACUAUUAUUUUGCCAAUGUGUUGUCAUGUUCCCUGAUUUUUUUAAAAAUAUAUCUUGGGUGUAUAAAAAGGUGUAAAUGAUUUUUCUGAUUCCCACGUUGAGAUGGUAAGAGAAAUUGGGGGUAGAAAUGACAUCACUUGUGUAUGAAUGUGGUAGUUGGGAUAAGAGGGAAGGGUUCCUCUCUGCCACAAAACAGCUCCCCCAGAGGUCCCUAAGACCAACUAUGCUACUUCAUUAGCUAGAAGAAAUGGCACUAGCUCGAUUAUGUUACCUAGACCACCAACUUUCAGUAAGCAGAGUGAGAGGAAUCAUUGGGUAGAAGAGAACACUGUGGUGGAAGUGGAGAGGCCAGGAAAACACAAGAGCCAGUUCCCGGCACCACAGCAUGAAAAAGGCAUCUGUGCAGAGAAGUGCCCAGGGGGUGGUCAGGAAUUCAGAAAACAGGUUGGGAAGAACUCUACCUCACAGUUUUACGUAGCAGAUAGGUAUGGCUUUGUAGACAUUUUAGCCUUUAAAUGUCAUAAUUUCCAUCUUUUCAGCUUAACUUUGUUUGCUUCAUACUUGGGUGACUUUUUUCUCCUGUGUAUUAUCCUCCUCUUCUGUUCUAUUACACAGAGUAUUCACCUGUAAAAUUACGGUCAUGCAUAUGUUUUCAGUGCCCAUGUUCAAAUGCCUUUGUGUUACUUACCUAAUCUUUCCAAUGAGAUUUUUAAGGGCUGGGAAAUUUGGCUUCUACUGUAAAUCCUUAUAAUGUGCCCAAUUGUAAAUAUGCAAUAAAAAUCAUAAAAUUCAAUGGCA